UUGCUUUGCCUGUUGAACCUGGGCUGGGGAACUGGGAAAAAGCAGCAGCGGUGUCUUUGUGUUCGUCGCAACAUAAAUCGUGAAGGCGAUGAAGAACAUUUUCUCGAUCCCGAUUUUGAUAAUUUCACUCGCGUUAUUGUCAUCCGUUGAUUGCGCAUCAAACGGCGUGGGGGAAUGGCAGAUCCUCACCAACCUAAACUACUCCUCUCAGAUCCGUCGCCACCCUCGCACUCUCCUUUUCGUUACUGUUCCAUGGUGCGGCGAGUCCCGGUCCCUUAUGCGGGAAGUGUCCCGAUUAGUUGCCGAUAAGUCAACGGAGUUUGACUCCUUGAAAUUGAUGUUUAUUUAUAGAAACACGGAGAAAAUGUUGGCCGAUUCCAUUGGUGCUUCGGAUGGAAUAACGGUGUUUUAUUAUGAUCACUCCGUAUCUUAUAAGUACCAAGGAAAGCUUCGAGCUCAAAGUAUAUUGAACUCUAUUCAUCCUUAUAUGUCAGCUGCUUCAGCCGAAGAACUUCCUUUAAAGCCCCUUAAUUCUCAGGAGGACUUGAGAUCAUUUCUCGAAUCAAAUGACAAAGCUUUGAUUUUAGCUGAAUUUUGCGGUUGGGCUCCCAAGUUAGUGGCUAAGGUCAAUAAUAAUGGAACUGAUUUGACGCCUAAGGAAAUGGAAAGUGGGAUGCUGAAAUGUGGUGUUGAAAAUGGGAUUGCUGAAAUUCCUUGGAUUACCGAGUUUAGUAUGGUAAAUGAUAGUGUUUCUUCACGGGAGAGUGAAAAUUUGCAAUUUGGUCUUGGAUUGAGCUGUACCUUAAAAGAGUAUAAGCAAUUUGAUUCAUUUUUCUCAAAGUUGAUUGAUGUUAGAAGAGAGUUCUUAGUUCCUCCCGAAAGGCUUAGAUUUGGGUUGAUUUCUCAGAGAUCAUUGAUGUCACUGCUUGGUGUUGAAGAUUCUGGUACAUGGAUGGCAGUGAUGUACUUCAAAGGAUGUCCUGGUUGUUCAAAAGUUAUUAAAGAUGAGGAUGAACUCAAGAAUGCCUUAAUGACAGACAAUUCAGUCAUUCGCGAGCUACAAUUUGAUGGCCACGAUCUUCCGCUUGCUUUACCUUCAAAUAAGCCAUCUGUAAUCCUUUUUGUUGAUAGAUCAUCUGAGACAUCAGAAACUAGAAGAAAAAGUAGGGAAGCUCUUGAUGCAUUUAGAGAAGUAGCGCUUCACUACCAGAUUUCAGAUUGGAUGAGUUCACAAAAUACUCAACAUCAAGACAAGUCAUCACUUCUAGCUUAUAAGGGUACAUCAAGACAUCCAAGACUACAUCUAUCUGAAACUGCUCAGAAGAUUAAGUCAAAGGAUAAGAUGUCAUUCAUGGUUAUAAAUGAGGGUAAGCAUGUCACUCUAGAUGAUAUAGCCUCAGAUUUGCAAGGCAAGUCUUUGCAAGAGAUCUUAGCUUAUCUUCUUGAGAGAAAGAAAGAUACGAAAUUGAGCUCACUUGCUAAGGAAUUAGGCUUUCAUCUCUUAUCAGAUGAUCUUGAUAUUAAAAUAGCCCAGGAAGUACCUUCACAAACUGAUGGUCAAUCUAAUGAUGCCUCACUGCCACCAUCUCAGGAAGCUUCUUUAAUUGAUAUUGUUGAUCCACAGAGUCUACCAAUGGAAACUGAAUCUGCUUUGGUGCGUGAGGAAAAAACACAAACAGUUGGUGUUAAAGUUGGACCUUCUUCUCCAUACAAGGAAGACGAGGGAAUUUCUUCUGAUAAAAGUAAACAUUUCAUAUCUAUAGAAUCUGACAAACUUAUGGAAGGUCUUGAGCUAGAUAUAGCUGGGGAUUUAAAAGCAAAAGAGACAAUUUCUUCAGAUAUAGAGAAUUCGGAACAAUUACUUGAACCUCAAGUUCAAGAGUUUAAGGGUUCUUUUUUCUUAUGUGAUGAUAACUAUCAACUACUUGAAUCUUUGACUGGUGGAUCAACAAUUCCAUCAUUGGUUUUAGUUGAUCCUAGAUCUCAGCAUCAUUAUGUCUACUCCGAAGAUACAAUUUUAAGUCACAUGCCAAUUUCUAAAUUUCUUCAUGAAUAUCUUAACGGAAGUCUUGUUCCAUAUCAACGCUCUGCGCCUGUUCUUCACAGCCCGAGGGAGUCUACUUCUCCGCCGUUUGUUAAUCUAGAUUUUCAUGAAAUGGAUUCCAUCCCUCAAGUUACGAUGCAUACUUUGACCAAGCUUGUCUUUGGGUCUAACCAAUCUAACUGUGGAAAUGCGGCCCAUGCUCGCAGUGAGGAUAUAGUUGUACUUUUUAGUAGUAAUUGGUGUGGCUUUUGCCAGAGAAUGGAGUUGGUUGUUCGUGAAGUACAUCGGUCCCUAAGUGGUUACAUGAAAAUGUUGAAAAGUGGCUCUUUGAAAGGGCAAGCACCAUUUGAUGCUGACAACUCGAUGAAUAAUACGAAACUUCCAUUCAUCUAUCUGAUGGAUUGCACAAUGAAUGACUGCAGUUUAAUCCUCGAAUCAGUAAACCAGAGGGAAGUUUAUCCUGCUCUGAUCUUAUUCCCAGCUGAAACUGAAACGGUUAUCUCUUACAAUGGAGAUAUAUCAGUAGCCAAUAUAAUCAAGUUUAUAGCUCGUCAUGGAAGUAAUUCCCAUCAUCUCUAUAGCGAGAAAGGAAUAUUAUGGACGAGUACCGAAGUGGAUGGGAAGAAGCAGGAUUCACCUAGGGUUGCAGCUUAUGAGGAAGGUCAAUCUACCAAGGACAAAUUUCAUGAAGUUAUAUUAAAAAACCAGAACCCGAAAAGAGUUGCUAAAUACAAUGGAGGCAAGUCUAGGUCUUACGUAUCAGUUAUCUCGAAUAAAGCCAUAGUUGAGGUGGUUGUUGGUUCGAUCCUUACUGCCACUGAUAAACUUCUCGAGGUCAUCCCAUUUGAUAAUUCAAAGAUUAUCAUUGUGAAGGCAGAUGAAGAAGCUGGAUUUCAGGGUUUGAUAUUUAACAAGCAAAUCAAAUGGGAUGCUCUAGAUCAACUCGAAGAAGGUUUAGAGUUCCUUAAAGAGGCUCCUAUCUCUUUUGGAGGCCCCGUUUUAAGACGUGGGAUGCCCUUCGUUGCUUUAACUAGGACAGUUAGCGAAAGAGAAACUCAGUAUGUCGAAGUGUCUCCAGGCACCUACUUUCUCGAUCAAUUUGCUACAGUUGCUAGUAUUGAAAAGCUAAAGGCCGGAAAUCAAUCGAUCAAUGACUACUGGUUUUUCUUCGGCUACACGGGUUGGGGCCGACACCAACUGUUACAGGAGAUUGGGGAAGGUGCUUGGACCGUAAGCAAUGAUAAUAAGAGCUUAGACUGGCCGUUGAAUUGAGUAUUCCGCAUGUCAACGUAGUUGGACAGAGCGGGAAGUCAACAGAGACUUUGGCUUAAUGUAACCUGUUUCAGUGAGAAACCUGCCUUCACUAAGCUUUGUAAAUCAGAUUUUUGUACUAAACUUUCAAUUGUAACCAAAUUUGAUGGAACUGUACUUUGAAAUUUUGGAUUUCAUUUUUCA